AUGUCCGCCGCCUCCACGUCGCCCGGGCCAAUCAGAGCCCUCCACGUCACCCCGCCGUCGCUCUCCUCCAACCGGCGCGCGCCACCUCGCCUCCUCUCUCCUCCCACCCGCGCUGCGGCCCGCGGGGCCCGAAGCCAGCUCGCCAAGCCCAUCCAGCGCCGCCCCGCGCCCGCGCGCUUCCUCCGUCGCCCGCGCCCGUCUCCGUCACCGGAACCCCGCCGGCGCCCCUUCGCCACCCGCCGGCGCCUCCCCGCCGCCGCCUGGCGCCGCCUCGUCUCCCCGCCGCCGGCGACCCCGGACCCCGCCUCCACCGCGCCACCUCCGUCGCGUCCGACCGCCCUCCGCCGCCGCCGCGCUGGAUCCGGCCGGAAUAGCCCGUCCCCGACCCUCUCCGGUGAACCCCGCCGCCUCCGGUCGCCCGCGCCUUGCCGGUCGGCCGCCGCCGCCGCCCUGGGCUCCCUUCGCGGACCCGCGCCCGUCUCCGCCCCGACCCGCACCGAUCCGCGACCUGCUUCGUCUCUGACCCGAUUCGCGUUGACUUUUCGCGAGGGUAUAUUCCACCAAGUUGUCGUUUGA